AUGCCCUUACCUCGCGCAAUAGCGCCUCCGAUAGUCGACAGCUCACAACCCCCCAGUACAGGAACCAAUUGUACAGCUUACGGUUGCCACACGCAUCAAGCCAAGUCAAGCGACAUAUUGUUCCGCUACCUACCAGUAGUGCUGCGUGAGAAAAGCAGUUCGAUUCGUACUCAUGCAUUUCUCGACGACGGCUCCGAUUUGACGUUGCUCGACGAAGAGUUAGCCGAUGAAUUAGGCGCAGUUAAAUCACUGUGUCUGCAUUGGACCGGUGGUGCGCAGCGCCAAGAAGUUAAGUCAAGAGUUAUCGAGUUGGAGAUAGCCGGCGUACAACAAGGAUCCAAGAGUUUCACCAUCAGUGGCGUGCGUACAGUAAAUGAGCUUCUACUUCCGUAUCAGACGAUGAGCAUUGAGGAGUUAUCAUCGUUGUACCCACACCUGAAAGGACUUCCGGUCGAUUCAUACUUCAACGUUCGACCACGGAUUCUAAUCGGGCUAAAGAACCAACAUCUCAGCCUUGCCCUCAAAUGCCGCGAAGGCAAGCCCAACGACCCUAUUGCUAUUAAGACGCGGCUAGGCUGGACGGUGUGUGGAGGAGGCAUUUCAGAAGCUGCAACCAGCCCAGUGCACUCCGUCUACCACAUAGGUUCCUGUGAGGAAUAUCACAAAGCAGAUGGGGAUCUACAUCAGGUUGUCAAAGAAUACUUUGCUAUCGAUAGCCUAGGAAUCAUGAAAACAAAUGAUGCCAUCCUCUCCGUCGACGAUCAACGAGCGCGAUCUCUUCUCCAAUCGCAAACCAAGUUUACAGGCGAACGCUACGAAACCGGGUUACUUUGGCGUUUCGAUACAAUUAGGCUGCCGGAUAGCAAAGCAAUGGCUCUGCGGCGGUUUCUGUGUCUCGAGAAACGCAUGCAGAAAGAUGAAAUGCUCGCUCAAACUUUGAGGGAGAAAAUGGCCGACUAUCUGAACAAAGGCUACAUACGGAAGCUAUCCGAUGAAGAGUUACGUCAAUCAUUUCCACGUGUUUGGUAUCUUCCAGUAUUCCCAGUGUCAAACCCAAAUAAGCCAGCAAAAGUGAGAAUCGUGUGGGACGCAGCUGCCAAAGCAUUCGGAACAUCGUUGAAUUCUGUCCUGCUGAAAGGUCCAGACCAUCUAUCUUCCUUGUUUUCUAUAUUGAUCCGUUUCCGUGAGCAUCACAUAGCCCUAACAGGUGACAUACGUGAAAUGUUUCACCAAGUGUUGAUUCGCAGUGAAGACCAACAAUGUCAGCGGUUCUACUGGAGAGACGAGAGCGGAACGAUAGCAAUAUACGUCAUGUGCGUCAUGACAUUCGGUGCUUGCUGCUCCCCUAGUAGCGCCCAUUAUGUAAUGACCUCGAAUGCAAAACGCUUUACCCAGGAAUAUCCUGCAGCCGUAGAGGUUAUUGAGAAGCAACACUACGUAGAUGAUAUGUUGGUGAGUGUGGAAACAGAAGAGCAAGCAAUCAAUCUCGCCCAGGACGUCAAGUUUGUGCACUCGCAGGGUGGGUUCGAAAUCCGUAACUGGACCAGCAAUUCGCAACGUGUCCUAAAAACUCUACGUGGAAGUAACGUCGAGGAAAAGAACCUAAACCUUUGUUUAGAAAUGGAGACUGAAAAGGUUUUGGGAAUGUGGUGGAGUACAGCUGAUGAUGCAUUCACCUUUAAAAUCAACUGGAACCGCUACGAUCGAGACCUGUGGCGAGGAAGCAUCCACCCUACAAAACGAGAGGUUCGCCGGGUCCUAAUGACGAUCUUCGACCCGCUUGGACUCAUCGCGCCGCUCCUUAUGUUCUUGAAGAUUUUGCUGCAGGAAAUCUGGCGUAGUGGUAUUCAGUGGGACGAAAAGAUCGACAACAAUACCUUUGCUAAGUGGCGAAGCUGGUUGCAAAUCUUGCCUCAGGUUGAACAGGUACAAAUACCUCGGUGCUUUCUCUCUCUAUCUGAAUACGGGUAUAAUAAUGCACAAUUGCACACAUUCGUUGAUUCGAGCGAAAACGGUAUGGCUGCAGCGUGCUACCUACGCAUCAUACAUAAUGAAUCAAUUCAAUGUUGUUUGAUCGCCGCCAAAACAAGAGUCGCUCCCUUAAAAUAUCUAUCGAUUCCUCGGCUCGAGCUCAUGGCUGCAGUUAUUGGUACAAGACUUUCCCAGGCGGUCCUGUCUUUCACUGUAACCAAGCGGAUCUAUCAUACAGAUUCCAGAGAUGUAAUUUGCUGGAUAAACUCGGAUCAUCGGCGGUAUACUCCAUUUGUCGCCUGCCGAGUCAGCGAGAUUCUGGAAACAACAAAUCAAAACCAAUGGCGUUGGGUUCCGACAAAGAUGAACGUCGCUGACGACGGCACGAAAUGGGAGAAGCUCCCAGACAUGACCCCUGAAUCCAGAUGGUUCAACGGUCCGGACUUUCUACGGAAACGAGAAGAAACUUGGCCGUGUCAACUUGCAAAAGGUAGCACGACAGAUACCGAACUGCGACCCUGUGUGCUAACCCACUUUACCGUGUCAGAUCCAGUAAUCAACGUCUCCAGCUGGAAACGAAUGACCAAAAUAGCUGCAUUUAUUUAUCGCUUCGCAACAAACUGUCGCCGGAAGAUUGACAAAAUCCCAAUCCGUUGCGGACCAUUGUCCACGGACGAAACGCAGGCUGCUGAACGCUACUUGAUAUGCCAAGCCCAACGAGAGGCUUACCCGGACGAGAUAGCUGCAUUACAUAAAGCGGCAAACAUUCCCAAGAAUAGUUCACUGUUUAAGCUGAUCCCAUGGAUAGACAACCAAGGAUUGAUGAGGAUGCGCGGAAGAAUUAGUGCCUGUGCUUCGGCCAUCGAAGAGGCCAAGAACCCGAUAAUCCUACCACGUGACCACCACACCACCAAACUUAUUAUUGCCCACUAUCAUAAUAAAUAUAACCACCAAAAUCACGAGACCGCUAUCAAUGAAUUACGACAAAGAUAUUCCAUACCUCGACUACGAGCGACCUAUGCAAAGGUACGUCAUGACUGUCAACAGUGCAAGAAUCUCCGUGCUGCUCCACAGCCACCUAUAAUGGCCGAUCUUCCUCCAGAGCGACUCGACGCCUUCACUCGACCAUUCACCCAUAUUGGUGUUGAUUAUUUCGGACCGAUGGAAGUCGUUGUAGGCCGCCGAGUAGAGAAACGUUGGGGAAUGCUGGUGACAUGUUUGACUACUCGUGCAAUCCACAUAGAAGUGGUACACACAUUAAGUACCGACUCAUGCAUCGUGAGUCUUCGAAGCUGUGUGGCACGCCGAGGUACGCCUAAAACGAUUUAUAGUGACCGAGGAACCUGUUUCAUCGGUGCGAGUCGCGAGAUGAGAGAAACAGCGGCGGUAUUGAACCAUGAAAAAUUGAUGAAGGAGUUCAGCGAGACAACCUGGAAGUUCAUCCCUCCAGUUUCCCCACAUAUGGGCGGUAGCUGGGAGCGCCUGGUCGGUAUAGUUAAGCGAAAUCUUCUGGCAAUCCGCCCUCCACACAAACCGAACGAUGAGGUGCUACGCAGUCUGUUGACCGAGGUUGAGCAUACCGUCAACUCUCGACCACUGACACACGUUCCGGUCGACGACGAAUCCGCUCCCGCUCUCACCCCGAAUCACUUCCUUUUGGGGUCAUCAGACGGUACUAAGCCAAUUUGCGACCUCGACGACAGUGUGGCUGCACUACGAAGAACCUGGCGAAUGUCUCAGCAGCUGGCCAACAAGUUUUGGAAACGCUGGCUCACCGACUACUUGCCAGAGAUCACCCGACGAACACGAUGGUACGAGAACACAAAGCCGAUCACAAUUGGCGACAUAGUGAUCAUCGUCGAUCCGAAAUUUCCCCGUAAUUGCUGGCCCAAGGGUAAGGUCAUCGGAACCAGCGUUAAUCAGAAGGACAACCAGAUCAGCAACCGUACGAACUGCCAAUGGAGUUUUCGAGCGUCCGGUAGCCAAGCUGGCUGUACUGGAUGUACGGCGCGAAGAACUGUAAGCCGACCAGAGGAUCGUCGUACCCGGGGGGAGUGUUGA